GUCCGUUUUAAAGUGUGACGACUUCCGUUUUUGAUCCACGUUUUUCUUGCAGGGUAUUCUUCACUCCAAAAACACGACUUUACAUAGUAAAGAUGAGGCCGUUAACAGAGGAGGAAACAAAAACGAUGUUUGAGAAGCUGUCGAAAUACAUCGGCGAAAACAUAAAGCUUCUUGUGGACCGACCUGACGGUACAUACUGUUUCAGGCUACACAAUGACCGUGUGUACUACAUGAGUGAGAAAAUCCUGAAGUUGGCCACAAACAUUUCCCGGGACAAGCUCAUCUCAGUGGGCACAUGCUUUGGGAAGUUCACAAAGACCAAGAAAUUCCGCCUGCACAUCACAGCGCUGGAUUUCCUGGCACCUUAUGCAAAGUUCAAGGUGUGGGUAAAGCCUGGAGCAGAGCAGUCCUUCCUGUACGGGAAUCACGUGCUAAAAUCAGGCCUCGGGAGAAUCACUGAGAACACUAUGCAGUAUCAAGGAGUUGUGGUUUAUUCCAUGGCUGAUGUGCCUCUGGGUUUUGGAGUGGCAGCCAAGACGACUCAGGAGUGUCGGCGAGUGGACCCCAUGUCCAUCGUUGUGUUCCACCAGGCAGAUGUGGGGGAGUUCAUUAGGAGUGAAGACACACUGACAUAAAGAGGCAGCAAACAACUGGACUGUCAAAUCUUUUCCUUCUCCAUUGCAUACCCUUCAGCAUUCAUUGAAAUUCACAACCCAAGCAGCUCGUUUUCAGCUGCUUUAUUUUAUUACUGAGGAUUUUAUAGGGACAUGGUUGGACUAUAUUUCUCUGCAGUCCAUGGACUGAAUCAGUCAACCUGAAGCCUCUGUUGUAUCAAAUGUCAAAAUGAAGGGUGUGUGUUCCUGUGUGCAUGUUUCUUGUAAAUGUCAUUUUUAAAAUAAAUCUAUGAAAUCUUA